UGUGCAGUCUGGUGUAUGGUUGAUACGGAUGGAUCCUUCGGUAGAGGCGUCUUGGCUUUGAAGAUUUGCUCCGUCGGCGAAGGAAGUUGAGCAGAGAAACUGUUUUGAAUGGCGUGGUUUAGGUUGCAGACGUUCAUGUCAUUUUGCCUCCACCUUGGCCUGGUGGCAGUCAUGCUCUUGUGGCACCCCUUACGUGUGGACGCAGGCACCACUGAGCCCACGAGAACUCCGAAGCCAAAUAAAACCUGCACGGGGAGCUACGAGUGCAAGGAAGGGGUCAUCCUGCCCAUAUGGUACCCGGAAAAUCCAUCGCUGGGUGAUAAAAUCGCCAGGGUGAUUGUGUAUUUCGUGGCAAUGAUCUACAUGUUUUUAGGCGUCUCCAUUAUCGCCGACCGCUUCAUGGCAUCCAUCGAAGUGAUUACGUCGCAAGAGAAAGAGGUGACCAUCAAGAAACCCAAUGGAGAGACCAGCACCACGACGGUACGGAUCUGGAACGAAACUGUGUCCAACCUGACCCUUAUGGCCCUGGGAUCAUCCGCGCCUGAGAUCCUGCUGUCUGUCAUCGAGGUGUGUGGCCACGGGUUCGAAGCCGGCGAGCUCGGCCCCAGUACCAUCGUGGGCAGCGCCGCUUUCAACAUGUUUGUGAUCAUCGCCAUCUGUGUUUAUGUUAUCCCAGACGGCGAAACCAGGAAGAUCAAACACCUGCGCGUGUUCUUCGUCACGGCGGCAUGGAGCAUUUUCGCCUACAUCUGGCUGUACAUGAUCCUCGCGGUCUUCUCGCCAGGCGUGGUGCAGGUGUGGGAAGGUCUGGUCACCCUGUUCUUCUUCCCGCUUUGUGUGAGCCUCGCCUGGGUGGCCGAUCGGCGGCUUCUCUUCUACAAGUACAUGCACAAGAAAUACCGCACCAACAAGAACAGAGGCAUCGUGGUUGAGAUGGAGGGCGACCACCCCAAGGGCAUGGAGAUGGACGGCAAAAUGGUGAACUCCCACUACAUUGACGGCACAGUGCUGGCGGCUUUGGAUGGGAAAGAAGUGGACGAGUCCCGCAGGGAUAUGAUUCGGAUCCUGAAGGAUCUCAAGCAGAAGCAUCCUGAAAAAGAUCUGGAUCAGCUGGUGGAGAUGGCCAACUAUUACGCCCUUUCCCACCAGCAGAAGAGCAGGGCUUUCUACCGUAUCCAGGCCACGAGGAUGAUGACCGGCGCAGGGAACAUCUUGAAGAAACACGCAGCUGAACAGGCUAAGAAGAGCACCAGCAUGCACGAGAAGACUGGAAACCCCGAUGACCUCUGCUCCCGAGUCUACUUUGAACCCUGCAUUUACCAGUGCCUGGAGAAUUGUGGGGCUGUGCUGCUGACUGUGGUUCGCCGAGGAGGAGACAUAAGCCAAACGGUAGUGGUGGACUACAAGACAGAGGACGGCUCCGCCAACGCAGGCGCUGACUAUGAGUUUAGCGAGGGGACGGUAGUCUUCAAGGCGGGCGAAACACAGAAAGAGAUGUCCGUAGGCAUCAUCGACGACGAUAUCUUCGAGGAAGACGAGCAUUUCUUUGUGCGACUUAAUAACAUUCGCGUGAUCGAACUGGAAGACUCCCUGGAACCAAAUAAUGUUCCCUAUCCAAAAGCUUCACUGGUUUCCCCAUCGGUCGCCACGGUCACUAUUCUCGAUGACGACCACGCGGGUAUCUUUACGUUUGAGGCUGACUUAGUCCGUGUGAGCGAAAGCAUUGGUGUGAUGGAGGUGAAGGUGUUGAGAACAUCUGGUGCACGUGGGACAGUCAUUGUGCCCUUUAGGACAUUGGAAGGGACGGCCAAGGGAGGUGGCGAGGACUUCGAAGAUACCUACGGAGAACUGGAGUUCAAAAACGAUGAGACGACGAAAACCAUAAGCGUUAAAAUAAAUGAUGAUGAGGAAUACGAAAAGCAAGAACAUUUCUUCAUUAUGCUUGGUGAACCGAAAUGGAUGAAAUGCGGAAUAUCAGCGCUCUUGUUGGCUCAGGAGGAUACUGACAGGAAGCUCACAGUCGAAGAGGAAGAGGCCAAGCGCAUUGCGGAGAUGGGGAAACCCCUCUUGGGUGAGCAUCCCAAGUUGGAGGUUAUCAUUGAAGAAUCUUAUGAAUUCAAGAGCACAGUGGAUAAGCUGAUAAAGAAGACAAACCUUGCACUGGUGGUAGGGACACAUUCCUGGCGGGAUCAGUUCAUGGAGGCCAUCACAGUCAGCGCUGGCGACGAGGAGGAUGAGGACACGGGAGAGGAGAGGCUGCCCUCGUGCUUUGACUAUGUCAUGCACUUCCUGACGGUGUUCUGGAAGGUUCUGUUCGCCUGCGUGCCGCCCACCGAGUACUGGAAUGGCUGGGCCUGCUUCCUGAUCUCCAUCGUCAUCCUGGGGGUUCUCACCGCCAUCAUCGGUGACCUGGCCUCGCACUUUGGCUGCACCAUCGGCCUGAAGGAUUCCGUCACCGCCGUGGUCUUCGUAGCUCUCGGCACCUCGGUACCAGACACCUUCGCCAGCAAAGUUGCUGCGGCUCAGGACCAGUACGCCGACGCCUCGAUUGGGAACGUGACGGGCAGCAACGCGGUCAACGUCUUCCUGGGGAUCGGGCUGGCGUGGUCCGUGGCCGCCAUCUAUUGGGCGGCACAGGGCCGUGAAUUCCGGGUGGACGCGGGCACGCUGGCCUUCUCUGUCACCCUCUUCACCAUCUUCGCCUUCAUCGGCAUCAGCGCCCUGCUGUACCGGCGGCGGCCGCACAUCGGCGGGGAGCUGGGGGGUCCCCGUGGACCCCGGAUGGCCACCGUCACUCUGUUCGGCGGGCUCUGGCUACUGUACAUUCUCUUCUCGGGCCUGGAGGCCUAUUGCCACAUAAAGGGGUUCUAAAGCCGGGCGCGAUCUAUCCUGCCCUCGCCGACACCUCGCCAUCAUCCCCCACGUCCCACCCCGACCCCCACCCCAACACACCAAAAAAAACAAGGACUCAGAUCUCUUUGAAACAAGGGCACAACUUUGCCAACCAAUUCCACACUUACA